AUGCGUGGUAGCGGUGUCACGGCUGCGCGGUCCUGCCUUCAACCCCUGGUGUCCGCCAGCCGCUACCUCGCCGUUCAAGCCCUUCCUGGUGAUCCUCUUUACUUCGUCGUUGAGGCGAAGUCGAGAGUGAAGGAGGUGUACGCGCAGACAUGCAUGCUUCUCGGCCAGCAGGGCAUGCGAGACUGCGAACUGUUCGGCCUGGCAAUACUGUCCGACGGCGAGUACCUCUUCGUCGAUCCCGAGAAUAAAUUAAGCAAAUACGCACCGAAGAAUUGGCGAAGUUCUCAUACCUACGGCUUAGACAGCAGCGGAAGACCAGCCUUCGUCCUUUACUUUCGAGUGCGCUACUACGUGGAUACGCCAUUGCUUCUAAGCGAUGAGACGACACGUCACCACUAUUACCUGCAACUGCGCGACAAUGUCGUCAGGCAUGGCGGUGGGGUGGAGAGCCUCCAUCCUCACCAUCCCCUACAUGAACCAUCUAUCAUUACGCCCCUGCUCACACUCGCGGGUCUUGCCCUACAAGCCGAUCUUGGGGACUACUCCGAGGAACGGCAUAGGCCACACGCAGGACCUGUGGGAUAUUGCAAGCCCACGGAUUACCUUCCGCCUCACAUGUGCCUGGAGUCGAAUGUGCUCGCCGUGCUCGCGGCACAGCACAGGGACAACCGAGGCCUCUCAAGGGAGGAGGCAGAGUUGCAAUACAUCCGGGAGGCGGUGCUGCUGGAGGCGCCGCUCAACGCUCACCUCUAUCGGUUGCGAAGAAGCAAGAACGAGGCAGGUCCAGGACGCAUACUCCUCGCGAUAUGCGCUCGCGGUGUGCGAGUAUACGCCGAGGAGGAGACACCGCGUGUCUUCGCCUGGAACAACAUUGGCAAACUUUGCUUCGACCGCAAGAAGUUCGAGAUACGAGCAGUCGAUCAGCCGGACAAGCUCACUCUCUACAGCGGAUGCGACGACAAAAGCAAGCUGCUCCUGGGACUCUGUCGCGACACCCAUCAGUUCUCUAUGGCCAUAGCACCUAGAGUGAACGAGGCUAAGAGACGAGAGGAGGAAGAGAGGAAGGUACUUCGCGACUGCUACAUGUAUCCCGCCCGAUGCAAGCUGAGUUUAACGGCACGCGGGGCGCGCGGUGACCAACGAAUUUCUGUUAUCUCGAGCACGUCGUCCAACACAACUUCUGGAAUUGUCAGCGACCGGGUUCACAGCGAGGACGAGCCAGACACGGCGCCCGCCUCGACCGAAUGUCUACCACGUCUUACUGAAAAUACUUCGCACACCGGUGUUCAGUGCGGCGUUGUAAACGGCUCCAAUGCAGACGUCGAGGACCGUUCCAUGCCGUCCUCCCCAGUCUCCACGGUGGAUGAAGUGGAUGGUACGGACAGCACUCCUACGACGGCCGCAUUACGAUUGACAUCGAGCGCGGCUACGGCGGCUGAGGGGUCACAAUGUAGCAGCAGCUGCAGUACGGUCGUGGUUGUGAAUGCACCUGCUGGUGGACCGCCGCGAAUGCGGCGCACAUCCGCGACUUCCAGUCUGGAGCUUGGUUACUCGCAUACGGCACAGAAUUCAGCGGUUUCGUCGGAAACCGCUAGCUUUCCUGGUGCCAUUUACGACAGGUGCAAAAAAGGUGGCAAGUACGCGGGUACUGAUAUCGCAAGUGAGACCAGCGGAGUGUACACUCUUAGAAGUAGCGAAAUGCAGGACGAAAGAAUGGGAGACCUAUACUCGCCAACCGGUGACGCGAAUGAAUCCUCCGCAGCGAGCGACGUGUGUGCCUUAAGUUCCGUCCAGUCGACAACCGACGAAGCUUCUGUAACAUCUGGCUUUUAUACUAUUCAUAGUGGCCUUAGAUCGGAAACAAGCGACGUUUACACGGAAGAUGUUGGAACAGAAGAUCAAGAACCUAUUUACAGUGUCUGCAAAGGUGACGAGGAUGUUGCAAAUGUCGUGUCAACGAUGUCUGGAGUUUCCUUAGAUCAGCAACUCGAAGAUUCAAGAUCACGUAGCAACAGCAUACUCAGUGCAGGAAGUUUCAGAGGCGAUGGCAGUGAUCCUUCUAGCGUUGGACCUCUCCUGUCGGCCGAUGAACUUUCUGAUUUAAUAGUAGGCCGUUAUCCACCCCGGAAGACCAUCAGCAAUUCCAUGGACUCCGAUUGUGACUAUGUCACCAUGCCACCACCACCUCCACCGCCAAGAACAGACAGCGAUAGACAACUUCCUCCACCUCCUCCCUACCCAGUGAGCAUGGACUAUGCAACGAUCAAUUCGCCACGACCGAAAAUACCGAACAUCGACCGUGAACCUCCGCCUCCACCGCCGUACAAUGCUACUCGUGGCGAGUUCGUACCUCUGCCACCGAGAAGAACGGAUCCACCACCACCACCACCCUACACUUCACCGAGAGAAAGGAUACAAAUACCACCGCCUACGCCUCCAAGAAACGACGCGGUGACACCUAGAGAACCACCGCCUCCACCGCCGUAUCCUGAAGUGUCUGAGGUUACUCGACAGGAGGCUAUCUCGAAAUUGUACCCGACAACAAGCGAGGAGAUCGUGUCGAGGGUGACGUCGACGAAGAUACAAACGAGCCUAGUGAACAGCAAGGUGAACGUGAAUCUGACAGCCUCGAAGACAACCGGUUCAGGUCAGGCGGGAAAUGACGUUGUUGCUGCGAUCGCACCGAAACCACCGCCCAGAAUUCAACCACCCACUUAUCCCGGUGACAAAAUGAAACCCACGCCGGUCCACGCUCCCGUCGCUGCCCUGGUCGUUGGCCCGAACAAUUACCUGGACGUGCACGCUUCACGAGGUGGUCCGGUUCUGUUGCCUUACUUAACACCACCACCACCACCUCCGCCCCCUCCGCCGCCCAUGGUUCAUCCUAGACAACCCCCGCCGCCACCGCCCAGCUUGGCUACAGUUUACACAAGUCAAGUUGCUAGGUCGCAGAUCGAACAGUAUAAACAGCAACUCUAUUCGGACGUCGAUUACGUGAUGUUCCCAUUGAAGGAUCCCGCUGUGUCGAAGCAAGAGUACAUAGACGCGAAACAGGGAUCACUUCUGGCCGCGAUGGCUGCUUAUCCUCCCCCUCCUUAUCCCUCGUUUAACAAUAAAUCGUUAGUAAUGUAUCGUAGCACACCAUACCUACCCGGUUCCUCGUUCUCGUCACCCACGAAAUACGCUUCGAAUCAGAACCUUAGUAGCAGCGACACCAGCUCUAACAAUUACUUACCGCAUAGUAAUCUGAGCAGCCACUACGCUGCUAGUACCAGUUCGCUAUACAGCGGAGCUACUUGUUCGUCGGCAGGAAGUCAGAGUCUUAGACGUGAACCGCCAGCCCCGGCACAUCCUCAUACGCUUCACGCGUUCACCCGGACCAGAAGCGACGAGAACAUAUUGAAGUGCUUCGACACGCCGUCUACCGCGAAGCUGCAAUCUUUGCCGCAGCUGAAGCACCGCAGACUGCCGCCACCUCCUCCGCCGCCUCCUUACGAAAUUCAGAAUCUCGAAAAGAAUCAGCCGCUUCCAUCCGCCUCUUCGUCGUCCUCUUCGCCGAAGAAGACGUCGAAAGCAAGCACGACGGAGGAACGUGAAGAAGGGAAAGAAGACGGAAUGUUGGACAUUCGGACACUUCGUGAGAAGAGUCGUAACCUGGAUCUACCGUUGAUAUCAGCGUUGUGCAACGAUCGGUAUCUGCUGAAACAGACGAAAGCGUUCGUUAUGCCGAAGCAUCCGACCGAGGCGACUUCCUCGACGUCCACGAAAAACGGCACGCGAAGCAGCAACGGCGGAACAUCAAGCAGCAGGAACAAAUAUCCGGUGAGCGGUCUAUCGACCACGCAGAUCACGAAACCCCCGAGGAAAUCAUCGACGAGUACACACAAACACCCCGCCGAGGUGAAGGGCAACGCUUACAAGGUGACCAAUUCAACCGGCGUGUCGCCUGCAAAAAAGGAUCCGACAAGGGCGUCGCACUCGUAACAGGAAACAACAAGGAAAUAGCAAACUGGAGCCUUUCCACUCUCUCGCGACACCAUAAAAAAAUUCUAUGUAUACCUCGAUCAAAGUACAUUCCAUACGAUACCGUUUAAACGAUUCCGCUAUACUUUGUCAUUAAAAUAACAAAAAAUGCAAGACGAAGAAAAGGGUCGUCCUUGACACAAUUAAGUACUUAAAUAGCGUUUUCUAUACAAACAUACACAUACAGACCGUGCUUCUUCA